AUGGCAGUGCUGGCGUCCCACCCUUUGGACCCUCUCACUCCUCUGGAGAUCUCUCAAACCGCGAAGCAUGUCCGAGCAGCGUUCCCAGAUGGCGAAGCAUAUUUUCGGGUGAUAACCCUUGCGGAACCGGCCAAGGCUGAAAUGAUGGCUUUCUUGGAGCACGAGCACGGCAAGGGUGUCGUCUCCUCGGGGCCAUCGUCACAGAGGCCCGCUCGCCUCGCCACGGUUCAGGUCUUCUUGGGUCAACCGCGGGACAGUGCGCACUUUUAUGAACUCAAGGUCAAUGUGGAAACGGGAGAGGUCGUGCACAAGGAACAGUUGGUCGGGCGGCAUCCCCACGUCGACGCCAACGACAUGCAGAAGACCGAGGCCGCCUGUCUGGGGGACAGCAGGGUGCAGGCCGCGAUCAAGGAAAUGCAACUUCCCGAGGGGGCCGUGGUCAAGAUUGAACCUUGGACGUAUGCGACAGAUGGGAUGAACGAUAUGAGCCAAAAGAUUACCAUGUGCUACUUCUACAUGAAACUGAUCAGCCACCCGGAUGCCAACCAUUAUGCGUACCCCCUGGAUCUGUGUGUGGAAAUGUCCGGCGACGCGCGGGUCUUGAAGAUCUACCAUCUCCCCAAUGGCACGUCCAACGACAUCAGCAUGACCGCGAAACCAUACGACCGGAGGAAGAUCUUCGACGCGGACAUCGAGUAUCACCCCGACCUGGUCCCGGAACACCGCACGUCCACCAAGCCGUACCACGUCCUGCAACCGGAGGGUCCCUCAUUCACCACCGAGGGCAACCUCAUCCGCUGGGAAAAGUGGCGUUUGCGCGUCGGGUUCAACUACAGGGAAGGACUCACUCUGCACGACGUCCGGUAUGACGGUCACUCACUGUUCUAUCGCCUCUCGCUCUCCGAGAUGUUUGUUCCCUACGGCGACCCGCGAAUGCCGUAUGCCCGUAAAGCCGCCUUUGAUCUGGGCAAUGACGGCGCCGGCUGCAACGCCAACAACCUGCAGCUGGGGUGCGACUGUCUAGGCCACAUCAAGUACUUCGACGGCUGGCACGCCACCAGCUCGGGAGAUCCAAUCAAGCUCCCCAACGCGGUGUGCUGUCAUGAAAUCGACGACGGGAUUCUGUGGAAACACACCAACUUCCGCACCGGCAACGCCGUGGUCACCCGCUCGCGGGUCUUGGUGUUGCAGACCAUCAUCACCGUGAGUAACUACGAGUACAUCUUCGCCUUCUACUUCGGCCAGGAUGCGUCGCUGCACUAUGAAGUGCGGGCGACAGGGAUUGUGUCGACCGUGCCGAUCAACGUGGGGGACAAGGUGCCAUUCGGCACGACAGUUGCCCCGGGCGUCAUGGCACCGUAUCAUCAGCACCUGUUCUGUCUGCGGAUCGACCCUGCCGUGGCGGGGUGGAAGAAUUCUCUGAUCGUCGAGGAGUCACACGCCAUGCCACUGGAGAGCCAGGACCCCAGCGCCCACAACCCGUUCGGCAUUGGAUACACGACCAGAGCCGAGACGGUGAAGAAAGAAUGUGGACUAGAUCUCGACCACACGGUCAACCGCGUUUUCAAGAUGGUCAACGAGGGCGUGACGAACCCCGUUACCGACGGCCCCGUCGGUUAUAAACUCGUCCCAUGCUAUAGCCAACUCGUCCUCGCGCACCCAUCGUCGUACCACGCGAAGAGAUCCGAGUUCGGCGCGCACGCGGUCUGGGUGACGAGAUAUCACGACGGAGAGCUGUUCGCGGCGGGCGACCACACCAUGCAGUCCCUCGGCGGCGAAGGGAUUGCCAGCUGGAUCGCGAAGCGGCAAGGGCAGCAAGAGGUGUCAGCGGCGGACAAUGCUGCCUCUGACGUCAAAAACCAAGACAUUGUCGUUUGGCACACCUUUGGAUCAACUCACAACCCGCGGGUCGAGGACUGGCCGGUGAUGCCGUGCGAGAAGAUGGUAGUGGGACUGAAGCCGGUGAAUUUCUUCACCCGGAAUCCCGCCAUGGAUGUCGCGCCGUCGACGCAGGAACGAAAUCGCAGUGUGUUGGUGGACGGGGCCACUGAGGUGGUAGUGAACGGGCAUUGUUCUCGGUAG